GAGCAAGAUCGGACGGUGCGGAUGCAAUUUCCCCUCGCCUCCCGACUGCUGUAGUGCUGUCAUCUCGCCCGCACGCCCACCCUCCGCAGAAAACUCUUCCCGAGACUUCUGCCCCUUUCGGCCACCCACUGUCGUUGUCGCGCAUCAAACUCCCGCAUUCUCAGCUACACUCUCCGCAGCAGGGUUUAAUGAGGGUAGGGAGUUAGUCUGUCAAUUGGCGGGCGGGCUAGAAAGAAACCGCGGUGAUGUCCGCAAACUCUGGCGGCGGAAAGCGCCACCAUGUCCGGACUGCUCUGCUGACCGUCGGGAUGCUGUCUGUCUUUCUAUGCGCGUCAUUCUUCCCCAGGAGGUUCUCCGGCAACCGGAAGGCCGUUUACGGCUCUCUCGUCGCCUCCUCCUUGUCCUCGACCCCCUUCGCCGGCCUUAUUCGGCGGGGUAAGGAGGAGCCGUUGUCGUCGUCGUCGGAGAGCGUGCAAAGCCGAAGUGGUGCAAGCCAAGGGCGGCGGAUGGAGGAGGGGUCUUAUAACAUCAUCAAGAACAUCACCAAUAUGACUUCUGGGUGGAAAGUUGUGGCGGAAGAGUUCACGUUUCCUCCCGGCAAUGCGCCUUUCAAUAGUUGCCAUGCUUCCACAAUCGUCGAGGUUGAGAAGGGCAGCUUUUUGCUGGCUUACUUUGGGGGGAGCCGGGAAGGCGCCCCUGAUGUGAAGAUUUGGUUGCAAAGUUACAAUGAUGGAUCCUGGCAUGCUCCGCAAGUAGCCGACGAAGAAGAGAACGUACCGAUGUGGAAUCCAGUUCUUUUCCAGCUCCCCUCUCGAGAGAUUCUUCUCUUCUAUAAGAUUGGCCAGGAGGUCCAGAAGUGGAGCGGCUGCAUGAAACGUUCAUUGGAUGGGGGCGUAACCUGGUCGGAGAGAGAGCAGCUUCCUCCUGGUAUCCUUGGCCCCAGCAAAAACAAGCCUAUCUUGCUAGAAGAUGGCCGCCUACUUUGUGGAUCAUCGGUCGAAAGUUGGAACUCUUGGGGAGCUUGGCUCGAGGUCACAACGGACUCCGGCCGGUCAUGGAAGAAAUACGGUCCUAUCUACAUUGAAGACGAAACCCUAGGCGUGAUUCAACCCGUCCCAUACGUGACUGCCAGGGGGACUAUCCGCAUGCUAUUGAGAUCAUUCGAAAGCAUCGGCCGGAUAUGCAUGGCAGAGUCGGAGGACGGAGGCAUCAAUUGGAGCUAUGCACAGCCCACUGAGCUUCUGAACCCUAAUGCAGGAAUCGACGGGGUUAAGCUGAAGGACGGACGGCUUUUACUCGUAUACAAUACCGUUUCGAGAGAAGUGCUGAAAGUUGCUACUUCUUUGGACGACGGCGAUUCUUGGACUGAGGUCCUGACAUUAGAAGAAACCGGGGAUAUGGAGUUCUCAUACCCAGCAGUGAUUCAGACAAGCGAUGAGCUCGUGCAUAUAACAUACACCUACAACAGGACGCAAAUCAAGCAUGUUGUUCUCCAGCCCAACGAAACUGUGAGGUUGUGAAAUGGGAGGAUUGUGAUGUUGUGAAAUAAGGUCGUCGUAAAUUUCUUCUUGGAUAUUUGAGAAUAUAUAUUUAGGGUAAAGAUGGAACCAGAUGGAGCUCUGUAUUAA